UUGGCGCGAAGUUGAACCGGUGAGGAGCUUGGUUCGGCGGGAAGGUUGGUUCGGCAAGAAACUUGGUUCGGCGGCUUGCGACGUGGAGAACGGUGGUUCGUUUGUGCAAGUAGAGGAGACCAAGAGGCGGUCCGUUCAGAGAACAAGCUUGGGUUUGGUCAUUACGGCGGUGGUUUUAGCGUGAACCGGUUCAAAGAGGAGGGAAAUUGUGUGGAUCGUUCGUUGUAACCCGCGACUUGUUUUGGUUUGACGAUGGAUCGCGAAUGGUUAGGUAUGAACGGUGACGUAGCGAACCAAGGAGUUCACUAUGGGGGAAUGAUGAGUUUGGCUUGUCAAUUGAGGACUUUGGUGGUCGCGAUUUGGCGGAGUAUUCCGGUGAAGUUGAUGAAGGAGACUUGGGAGAGAUUGACAGUUUAUUGGGAAUGGUUCCCGUGGUUCCCAACUGUGGCAUCGGAAAAACUCUGAGCCAACUUGAAGAGCAUCGUAGAUUCGAUGAGUCGAGAAAGAGCGGUGAAUACGGAGGCGACGAAGUUAUGGAAUGCAAAGUUACCGCGAACCCUGUUGGAGAUGUUUGGAAGAGGUCGGUUGUUUUGGGGCUUUGUUGUCCAAAACAAGCUGCGCUUGGCAUCGGAUCGACGUCGGUUCUUGUUGCGCGUGAUGGCGGGAAAUCGUUAUGCACUGUAGAGAGGUUAACCGAUUUAUUCGAGCAGGGAGUUUUUCCCGAGGAUUUGGCGAUUAUGGUGCCGAAACCGCAUCGGCGUCCUUGGAAUCCUCCCAAAGGAUAUAUAUGCGUAUACGAGGAUUACUUCACUGACGGCCAACUUCGCUUUCCUCUCCCAGAUUUUCUCGUGCAAUAUUGUUUUCGACGGGGGAUCGCUUUUUCUCAGCUUUCUCUUGGUUUGGUUCGCAAUGCAGUUGGCUUGAUGAUGUUAGGGAACGACUGUGGUGUAGAGGUCGAUACCGAUCUUUUCGAAGAAGCUACUAGUUUCUCUGUUAUGGCAGAUAACCCGGGUCUUUGUCAAGUGAACGCCAGGUCGAGUCACAAGAUAGUUCAUGGGGUGAAAAGUAAGGUUGUCGACUGGCGGCGAUAUUAUUUCUACGUGCAAGUGUCUGAGAUUUCGGCUCCGGCAUCUAGCUCUUCUCUUGCUACCGAGUGGAACUUGUUUCCCGGUAGACUUUAUUUGGAUACGACUACAUGGAGUGAAUGCUUGCAUGGUUUUUGAUCGUAUUUUGUUUUCUGUCUGCAGCGCAUGAUCCUCGACCACGUAAAGCUCGCAACGAUAUAUCUGUGGGUCUACGUGCGAUUUGGACGAGAGGAUCCUUGUUUUGGCCAGGAGUUAUCAAGUCGUCUUGUAUUCGUACGUUCCUUUGCUAGUUCGUUUGUUUGAUUGUUUCGCAUUCGUUCUCUUAUACGAAAGUGUUUUGCAGGUUCACCGUCACGUUUGGAGAUGGGGAAAGCGAGCUGUCGAUUUCCGAAUUAUUCUGACUUAUUCGGGGUGAGUGGUAUAGUGCCGAGCGAGACUGAGACUAUCCAGAUCGAUGAAGAGCCGGAGCAGGGAGUUGUGCAGCCGCAGCUGGUGGCUGAGCCGCAGCAAGACGUAAGUCUUGACGUUUCGGGGAGAACUGCGGUCGUUCCUGGCCGUCGAGCUGUUAGCGAGGACAGGGCGGCUAGGGUCUCUGCUGCUCAUUCCGGGAAGAAGAAGGUGUCAGGUUCGACUAACGAGGCCGCCUUUCGUGUUCCCCCCGAUGUUGAUGUUUCCUUACGUAGGCAGCCCCUCCUGAAUAUGAAAUGCUGAUUUGCUUUGAUCACUGCAUCGUUACUAA